ACCACGAUCAUUUGCCUUUUUCCAUUCACUUCCAGGUGUCUGCGCAUGCCUGGCCUCUCACCGCGCCCCACGUUAAUCCUCCUGUGCUUCUCAUGGCCACACUCCUGCAUAGGUUUCACUUCUUCCCUGUUAAUGUGCCGACCAGUUUCUGCCCAGCCCUCCCCUUGUGGAUUUUCUCCUCACUGGUCCCGCCCCUGAGCCAGUUCCCCAGCCCGUUCUUCUUCGUGGUCAGGCAGCGACCCCAGGAAGCCCGCCUCUUCCCUCCCAGCGCCAUGUUUUACCAACUCGGGAACGGGGAGCCAGAAGCAGAAAUUACACUGCCCAGCAUUGACUUGUAGAGACUUGUUGCAUAAGGAAGAAGCCCAGAAGAGGAGGAAGAGGAAAGAAAAGGGUCAGCAAUGGCUCUUUCUCAGAAAUGGUUGACACUCAGUGAUGUAUUUAUAGAAUUCUCUCAGGAGGAAUGGGAGUGCCUAGCCCCAGCUCAGCGUGCAUUGUACAAGGAGGUGAUGUUGGAGAGCUACCAGAACCUGCUUUUCCUGGGAAUUUCUCUUUCUGAUCUGCAUAUUGUCUCCUUUUUGGAGCGAGGGAACGUGCCCUGGACUUUGGAGAGCAAGUUGAAAAGAGCACAGAAACCAAAUCAAUGGGAACAUAUUGAACGUGUAAACACAGAUAUCUAUCCUUCAUAUGUGAUCAAGAAAUUAAAACCAACAGAAACCAGUAAUGCAGGAGGAGUUCUCCAAACAAUGAUGUUUGGAACACAUGAAAGCCAUGUAAUUAAAGAUUUUUACUUCAGGGAAAUCCAGGAACAUACGCAUGACUCUGUGUAUCAGCAGAGAGUUGUUGAAAGAAAUUACAAGGGAAUGCCAAUAACUCAUAAAAAACUUCUCACUGAUAGAAGAGGUGAACAUGGUAGAGAGCAUGCCAGAAACGAGCCUAUUGAAAACCGGCUUGGUGUAAGGUUUCACUCACAUCGGGCCAAUAUGGAGCUAUUUCAGACUGAAGGGAACAUUGAUGAAUGUAAUCCAGCCAAGAAGUCUUUCAACAAUACCUCCUCUGUUUCUCUACCUCAGAAAGUUUUUCCUAGUGUCCAAGCCAAUGUUUGUACUAUAUAUGAGAGUGAUCCUAGGCAUCCUUCAAUGCUGACAAAAGAUCUGAAAGCAUCCAGGAAAAAUUUUUACAAAUGUCAUGAGUGUGGCAAAGAGUUUAGUGUGCGUUCAUGCUUAACUAGCCAUAAGUUUAUACGUACUGGAGAGAAACCUUACAAAUGUAAUGAGUGUGGCAAAGCCUUUAGGGUGCGUUCAAGCCUCACUUACCAUCAGUCAGUCCAUCCUGGAAAGAGACCUUACAAAUGUAGUAAGUGUGGCAAAGCCUUUACUGUGCAUAGAAUCCUAAGUUACCAUCAAGUAAUUCAUAGUGGAGAGAAAUCUUACAAAUGUAAUGAGUGUGGCAAGGUUUUCAGUAACAAAUCAAAUCAUGCUCGUCAUCGAAGCAUUCAUACUAGUGAAAGGCCUUACAAGUGUAAUCAGUGUGGCAAACUCUUUAGUCAGAAAUCAUACCUAGCAAAUCAUCAGAGAAUCCAUACUGGAGAGAAACCUUACCAAUGUAAUGAGUGUGGCAAGGUUUUCCGUAACAAAUCAUAUCUUGCAAGUCAUCAGAGAAUUCAUACUGGAGAGAAACCUUACCAAUGUAAUGAGUGUGGCAAGGUUUUCAGUAAUAAAUCAAACCUUGCAAUUCAUCAGAGAAUCCAUACUGGAGAGAAACCUUAUAAAUGUAGUGAGUGUGGCAAGGUUUUCAGUCAAAGAUCACAUCAUGCAUGGCAUCAAAUUGUUCAUACUGGCGAAAGACCUUACAAAUGUAGUGAGUGUGGCAAGGUCUUUAGCCAGAAAUCAAGCCUUUCAAGGCAUCAGAGAAUCCAUACUGGUGAGAAACCUCACAAAUGUAAUGAGUGUGGCAAGGUUUUUCAUAACAAGUCAUACCUUGCAAGUCAUCAGAGAAUCCAUACUGGAGAGAAACCUUACAAAUGUAAUGAGUGUGGCAAGGUCUUUAGUCAGAAAUCAAGCCUUUCGAGACAUCAGAGAAUCCAUACUGGAGAAAAACCUCACAAAUGUAAUGAGUGUGGCAAGGUUUUUCGUAACAAAUCAUACCUUGCAAAUAAUUGGAGAAUCCAUACUGGAUAGAAACCAUACAAAUGUAAUGAGUAUUGGAAAGCCUUUAGGUUGCAUUCAAAACUAACUUACCAUCAGCUGGUUCAUACUGGAAAGAGACCUUACAAAUGUAACGAAUGUGGCAAAGAGUUUAUUUUGCCUUCAAGCCUAACUAAACAUAAGAGAAUCCAUACUGGAGAGAAACCUUACAAAUGUAAUGAGUGUGCUAAAGCCUUUAGGGUUUGUUCAAAGCUAACUAACCAUCAGUUUAUUCACAGUGGAGAGAAACCUUACGAAUGUAAUGAGUGUGGCAAAGCCAUUAGGGUGCAUUCAAGCUUUAGGUACCAUAAGUUGAUUCAUACAGGAAAGAGAUCGUAAAAAUGUAAUGAGUGUGGCAAAGAGUUUAUUUUGCAUUCAAGCCUAACUAUACAUAAGAGAAUCCAUACUGGAGAAAAACCUUACAAAUGUAAUGUUGGCAAAGCCUUUAUUGUGCAUGCAACCCUAACUAGUCAUCAGAUAAUUCAUAGUCAUGAGAAACCUUACAAAUGUAAUGAGUGUGGCAAAGACUUUACUGCAUAUUCUACCCUAACUACACAUCAAAGAAUCCAUAUAGGAGAGAAACCUUACAAAUGUAAUGUGUAUGGCAAAGAGUUCAGGGUGCAUUCAAGUCUAAUUAGACAUCAGAGAAUCCAUACUGGAGAGAAACCACCAAAUUAAUGUGUGACAAAGUGUUUAUCCAAAGAUCAACAGUGGGAAACAUUGGAGCUAUUCCUUACAAUUGCAAUGAGUGUGGCAAAGCCAUUAGAGUUCAAGUAUUAUGCAAGAACAGAAACUCCACAAGGAAGAGAAAUUGUAGAAAUAUAUGUCAGAACUUUUAUCUAGGCCUCCCAAUUCACUAGAAAGCAGAUUUUACAUUUUGAGAAACAACACAUAAGUUACAUGCAUGUUAAUUUUUUUACUCAAAGAUAAAAUCAGAAGACAUAUUUUGGCAAGUAACCUUACAAAUGUAGUGAAUGUCAUAAGGCUUUUCAUCAAAUGUCUACACCUUUGGAGUAAUGACAAUAUUAAUGGAAGAAAUAAACUAUUCUAAUAUACUAAACAUGGAAACACUAAGCAACAGUGUGUCCUUAGGAUUAACCCAAGAAUUCAUGCACAUGUAAUGAAUGUAGUCAAUUUUUUAACCAGCUCUCACAAUCAAGCACAUGUCAAGAAUUCAUAUUAGGAAUAACUAAGUUCUUUGAGAUUUGCCUGAGACAUUACAUACUACAGAAAAAUUAUAAAUGCAACUAUAUUAAAAUUCUGGACAUGUCAUAUAUCACAGGAACAAAGACAUGUACAAAUAGCCCUUUAUCUUUACUGUUUAUAUUUAGUUACAUUUUCUUGAAAAGAGUACAUGACUGAGUUUUAACCCGAAGUCCAAAGUCCAUUGAACACAUGCCUGCCUUCCAGGCCUUUAGCGCUGCUCUCUGGGAAGUAAUCCAUGCGAUGAAACAGCCUACUUCACUGGGCACGGUUCAUUCAUAUUCAUGUCCUUUAGUAAAACGAGGACACUGAGUAUCAAAUUUAUUUUUGUAUGAAUUAGCAUCAGGGAAGUUAGAGAAUAAUGGAAAACUACAUGGAGUCUGUACUUACUAGGCUCAGGUGCCCAUCUCUGUACAGGCCAUGGUCAGUUAUAGGAAAGAAGUCUCAACCACUGACCAUGAAACAGAGCAGGUCUAGACAUGAAGGACUUGGGCUUGUCAUGGAGGAGAGUGAUAGGCGAACAGGGGUGAGUAGCGGUAGAAAUAAUGCAGAAGAAAUGAUGUGGUGACUUCCUUCACUGAAUGACAAUAACUUUUGUAUGUGAAAGAUUAAUGGAAAAGUUGUCAUGUUUUAAAAAAUUGGAAAAGCAGUUAUGUGAAAAGGGGAGCUUAAUAUAAAGUACUAGAAUAGUGCGAGUAGGUGUGUGAUUUACCUUGAAGUGCUAGUAUUCCCUUUUCUAGUUUCUUAUAUAGAUAGAUAAGAAAUAUAUCUUAGGGCUCAUGUUUU